CUUCGCUCCCAUAGGAAAGCGCAUAAUACAACGCCAUUACGUCAUUACGUCUCGGGUCUAUUGUAUGUGCUCUAUGAGUCCGCAACGUAUAAUAAUGUAACAAUUGCGAAUUGGAAAUAACCUGACUGAGAAAGUAGAACUGUGUGUUCUGUACAUUAAUCGUUUCCUUCAUUUGUAUGUUUAGAUAAACAAAGAAAACAGCCGGCAGCCGCCGGUAUUAGAGAAGCUGCCAACGAAGAGCUCCUCGAAAACAUCAACUCUAUAAUCAUCCGUUUGAAAUACAAUCACAGCUGAAAUGUCGUCUGGAAUGGAAACUACCGCGCGACCAACUUCCAGCAAGCCCUCGAGCGUAGACUCCUCCUCCACUGUUUAUGUUCUAGGCGCUGUCUAUGGAACCAUAGGCUGCCUCGGUAUCUUAGGAAACACCUUGGUCUGCACAGUCUUCCUUAUGCGACAAAAUGUCUUUGGAUCUUCCACCAACCUUCUAAUCUUGAACCAAUCCAUGAUAGACCUAGUAGACUCCAUCUUGUACUUGGUGCUCCGGUUUGGACCUCAAUUGUCUGAUCAGUGGGACGGCAUAUGGGGCGAGCUGGCCUGUAGGAUAUGGUUCUCGGAGUACAUCAUCUGGUCUCUGUUUGUUGCAUCGACGGUUAAUCUUCUCUUCGUGUCUUUAGAGAGAUACUUUGCGAUCUGCCACGCCGUCAAACACCGUAAACUGUUCACUCCUCGCCGCGCUAACAUUGGCCGCGUUAUCGUCUGGAUUGGUGGAUUCCUCUACCAAUCCUACUGGGCUGUGCUACACACGUUCAGCAAAGGGGAGUGCUACCCGGUCUGGCCCAGUCCAACGGUACAGAAAAUCGGUGGUGUUUUUUUCUUCUGCUGCGAAUACCUGAUUCCACUUUCCAUAAUGUGUUUCAGUUACGCUAAUAUUGUCAUCAUGCUGCGCAAGAAGAGUAAACGCGACAACACACAAGCGGUCAAUUCGUUCCAACGAGCCAAGCGCAACGUAACGCUUACACUGUGCGUGGUGUUCCUGUCCUACACUGUAUGCUGGACCCCUACUGAGAUCGCGUACAUCAUGUACAAUCUGGGAGGACAUUAUGACUUCGAGAGCACCUUACAUGGGAUUUUUACCGCCUUGGUUCUUGGUAAUAUGUGCGUGAAUCCUAUCAUAUACACUUUCAAGUAUGAACGGUUCCAGGUAGAACUAAAGAGGAUCUUUUUAAAGCGAAAUCGAGUCGGAGAUGUCGGUAUCACCGUUGAUGCUACGCCUAGGACACAGGCAGUGGAUCAAAAUUUGGACCAAGAGGGACCAAGUACAAUCCGAUAGUAAAACGGCUAGACAUCCUUUUUUGUAACGAUUACAGUUUAAACUUCAAGUCCAUUGUCCCACUAUUGGUUAACUCAACAAGUUAAGUGUACAAAGUCUUCACCUAUGGGUUAAUCAAGAUGUAUAUAGCUAUUCUUUGAUUUCACACUAUACAAAUGACAAAUUAAAUGGGGUCCUGUGUUUGCAGGUCAACAUACCAACUGCCUACACUCCAGUAAAACUGUUCCCGAUUGGAGGUCAGUAUUUGCCAAGCAGACGGUAUUUGUAUUUGGAAAUAACAUUGCCUUAACAGUGUUAUACCGUUUUGCAUGUGCUUGUCAAAAAGUCACUAAUAAGUCCCUUCAUUAUGGUCGACAUAAGCUAAAUGAUACGAACUUUGAAGAAAAAAAGGUAAACGAUGAAAAUACAACAGAUGGACAAUA